AUGGCAACGCUUCACAAUAUCUUAGCAAUUUUCCUGGUUUACAUUUUCGUUUCCCAGGGCCAGGAUAUUCCACAAGGCGGCACCUGUAAUCCAAGUGCAAACCGCGUAGAUCCUGCAACUCACCGCUGGGUGUCCGACUGCAACAGCAAAACAUUUUGUGACGGAGAGCUAUGCCAGCUCAAGGGCUGCCGUACUCAUGAACUUGAUAGCAGAUACGACCAGGGCGAUGUACUUAUCCCGCCGCUCUGUCCACAAGGCCAGUUUUGCCCUGACGCCGAAAGCCACUGUCAGCCGGUCCGUGGCGCUGGAAACCAUUGUGAGCUCAACCGUGAUGAUCAAUGCAUAUCCCCUCCAAACUGGCAGCAGUCUCAAAGCAGUAUGAACAAUGGCGGCGCUAUAUGUCUCAAUUUCCAAUGCAUGUUUGCGAAUGUUUCUCUCGGUCAACCCUGCGUCAUGGACACCACGUUAUACCUGGCCCUCUCCUCGACGGGUCGUCAGCUGUCAAAUACCAUUUAUAGGGAUAACUGUAUGGCCCCUGGGCUCUACUGCGAUCUCAAGUCUUCUACGUGUGCAUUUGCAAAGUUGGUCGGAGCUAGUUGUGCAAGAGAUAUCGAGUGUAGAUCUUACAACUGUGGACUACGAGGACUCUGCGAAGUACCGCCGGGGAGUCCUGUAGAGCUUAGUCCUCUGACGUAUAGUGUUAUUUUGACGCUUCUAUUCUUGGGAAUCGUAUCGGUCAUCGUGUCCCUAUAUUUCAUCCAUUCCCGUCAACGAAUCAAACGCCAAAAGGAAUUCAAAAAGUACUUCAGGGAACAAACUUCGUUUCGUGAUUCCAUCAUUUCGUUGCAUUCAGCUGCUCGCUUCCGACGAACGCGCCCCUCUAGCCAACCAUCACCACCCGAGCAUGUCCCUUUAGUUUCCGUUGCAGAAAAUCGGCAACGACUCGGUGCUCCCCCAGCGAUUCGGGUCCAGCCGUCUAGUAACAGUGGAUCAUCUUAUACUCCCACCCUUCAUUAG